AGCUUAAACCUGUCACUUUGAGAACUGUAGAGAGGGGGAUGAAGGGAAGUAUUAAUGACGUGCUUGGAGUGAAGAAGUCCCUGGAGGAAUAAAACGCGGAGGAAUAAGCACCGGGUCCGGGUACAUGUGUUGUCCCCUUGUAGUUUCACUUUGACACGACUCAGCUUCUGUUUGCUCUGCAUUCAUUGACUUUUCGGCGUAAAAGCGACUGAACUCCGAAAGCAGCUGCUGAUUUUUGCCUGGACCGCGAGUGACAGGACUGUUCUACAUCAGAAUAUGCACUAAAGGAACCAGCUGCAUCAUCGUAUUCUCCAUCCCUGUCACCUUACGCAGUAGAUUUCGUCUGACAUGGCCUCCUCCCCAGGGCUAGACACUGACACGUUACCUCUGCUUCAGCUCCAGGAGGUCGACUCCAGCAAAGCCUCAGAGAGGGCUAGCUCCCCAGGUCUCUUGCCCGCAGUGUACACCUCUCCUCGGGGCAUGGACAGCCACACGGUCUACAUCCCCUCUCCAUACACGGACAAUAGCCACGAGUACAACCACGGACAUGGACCUCUGACCUUCUACAGCCCAUCUGUGCUGACCUAUGCCAGGCCGCCCGUCACUGAAAGUCCAUCAUCUCUGUGCACCCCCCUUAGUCCAUCAGCCUUCUGGCCUCCCCACAGCCACCCCAACAUGACCUCACUGACUCUGCGCUGCCCACAGCCUAUCGUCUACAAUGAACCCGGCUUACAGGCCCCGUGGCUGGAGCCCAAAUCGCACAGCUUCAACGGCAGCAGAGUCUUUGGUUCUUCCUGCAGCUCCAUCAUCGGCUGUAACAAGCCGCUGGGGAAGAGAUCAGAGGAGAGAGUGGAUGGUGUGAACUCCUCCUCGUGUUCAUCUGCAGUAGGGAAAGCCGACAUGCACUUCUGUGCUGUGUGUCACGACUACGCCUCGGGGUAUCACUACGGCGUGUGGUCCUGUGAGGGUUGCAAGGCUUUUUUCAAGAGGAGUAUCCAAGGGCACAAUGACUACAUCUGCCCCGCAACAAAUCAAUGCACUAUUGACAAGAACCGGCGUAAAAGCUGCCAGGCCUGCCGCCUACGUAAAUGCUACGAAGUGGGCAUGAUGAAAUGUGGUGUAAGGCGCGAACGCUGCAGUUAUCGAGGAACCCGACACCGCCGUGGUGGCCUCCAGACUCGGGAUACCACAGGCAGAGGUUUAGUCAGGGUGGGGCUGGGUUCACGGGCCCAGCGGCAUCUCCACCUAGAGGGUCCCCUAGCCCAAGUCGGCCCCAUCCCUCAGGUGAACCAUGUACACCAUGCAGCCAUGAGCCCAGAGGAAUUCAUCUCUCGCAUCAUGGAGGCAGAGCCUCCGGAGAUCUACCUCAUGGAGGACUUAAAGAAGCCCUUCACCGAGGCCAGCAUGAUGAUGUCCCUCACAAACCUGGCUGACAAAGAACUGGUCCUCAUGAUCAGCUGGGCUAAAAAGAUCCCUGGUUUUGUUGAGCUGAGUCUAGCUGAUCAGAUCCACCUCCUGAAGUGCUGCUGGUUGGAGAUUCUGAUGCUGGGCCUGAUGUGGAGGUCUGUGGAUCAUCCUGGAAAACUAAUCUUCUCUCCAGACUUCAAACUCAACAGGGAGGAGGGACAGUGUGUGGAGGGCAUCAUGGAGAUCUUUGACAUGCUGCUCGCUGCCACCUCUCGGUUUCGUGAGCUGAAGCUUCAGCGGGAGGAGUAUGUCUGUCUAAAGGCCAUGAUCCUCCUCAACUCCAAUCUGUGUACGAGCUCCCCGCAGACAGCAGAGGAGCAGGAGAGCAGGAACAAGCUGUUGCGUCUGCUGGACUCUGUGAUUGAUGCUCUCGUCUGGGCCAUUUCCAAACUGGGCUUGUCGACCCAGCAGCAGACUCUGCGCCUCGGACACCUCACCAUGCUGCUCUCCCACAUCCGCCACGUCAGUAACAAAGGCAUGGACCAUCUGUCCACCAUGAAGAGGAAGAACGUGGUGCUGGUGUACGACCUCCUCUUGGAGAUGCUUGAUGCCAACACAUCCAGCAGCAGCAGCAGCCAAUCAUCAUCCUCACCGAGUUCUGACAUGUACUCUGACCAGCACCAAUACCCACAACAUCUGUCAAAUCUGCAGCCGGGAUCUGACCAGCCCACCGCUGACCACAGCAAUGUAUCUGCACAUGGAGCUGCUGAAGGCCAGAUCCUGGAUGAACAGCUCCAGGCUCUGCCCCUCCAGUCCCCUCCUCUGUUCCAGAGUCACAUGGUCAUGGACAGAAAUGAUUACAUCCAUCCACAGCACUGGUCAAUGGAUACAGAAGAUGCAGCUCCAUCAGUGGAAUCAAUGCACUACAUCAUCCCUGACCGAGUUGUCAUGGAAACUGCUCUGGAAGUGGCAGGAAUUUAAGAGACAAACUGAAAUUGAACCUUAAUGGUUUUUCCAUCCUCCCCAAAGAUUGAGAAAAUAAAAUGAAAAAAGGAUAAAAACAUGAAACAAAGUGCCAUUGUGAGGUAAAGUUUUCUUUUUCUUGUUGAGAUGUUUUUAGUCUUGAAAAGAUGUUUUGGAUCGAUUGUAUAUUUUGCGUGCGUUAAUAUUUCUUGUGAAUGUGCACUACAGUUGGUGUUCUUAAGGACAUCGCUGAACCUCUGCCAGUCAGUUGGAGCUCUCUUUUGAUAAACAGUAUUUGUAUCUCGUUUUUCACCUUGAUGUAACAUCCAGAACAAUCUUCAAGCCAUCUGCAAUGACUUACAGGAAUGUGCAUGUAGUCAACACAGUGAAAAUCAUUUACCCUAAAGGGUUAAUAGUCAUGUAGCUUAUGUCAUAUAAUGGUGUUUAUUUCCUUCACUUCUACCGUAUACCUUAGUGUUCUAUCAGUGCCUGUUCGUCAAGGAUUUUUUUCUACUGUCUUGUGUCAGUGGAGUCAGAUGCAGCAGUUUGUGGCCUUUUAACAAUUGACUGUUAAUAUAAGCUGUAAUCUUUCUGUUCAUCUGGUUAAACAUAAAUUGGAUUUACAUGAUACUUAAGUGGCACACAUCUGUUCUUAGUUUACACUUUGCCCCAGCAAAUUGUAAAAUUUAUAUAAUUGUACUACUGUAAAAUAUAAACAUAAACAUUAUUUGCUACAUUUUAACCGGCUUACUUUGCUAUGCAAGCCAUAUUUUAACAGCAAGGGCUUGAAAGCUAAUAUCCUAUGCCAAAGUUGACAUUGGCUACUGAAUGUUAGCAUGUUUUGCAAAUUGACACUACUUGGCACUAGCGAAACAGAAAUUGUGUACGUUCUAGAGAAUAUCUACUUUAAGUGCAAGGCACCUUAAAAAAAUGAAACAAUCUGACAGUAAUGACAUAUGCUAAAGUUAAAAAUAAUUUAUCCUUUAUUAAUCCCGCAAGGGGAAAUAAUAUACAUUUACAGCUAUAUUUAAGUCUGUGACAUGAUGUUUGUAACACUAAUGACUGAAUUAUGUCAGAUAAAGAUGUACUUUUGAGUUUGCAAGUAAAACUGCUAAAUGUUAGCAUGCCAAUGUGUUUUGACCUGGCAGCAUCUCUUUGUAGUAAAACAAGCUAACUUGCAAAAUGCAUGAUUAGCCUAGCUUUUGAAUUUCUUCAAACUGCUUCAAAAAAGCUUUAAUUUUUUUAAUUUUAUAACAACUGAUUAGGACACAUUCAGCUAAUGCUCAAAGGCCAUUUUUAAAGAUAGUGAGCACAUUCUUUAAUGGAAUUUAAUGAAGUUUAGGGCUAUACAGUAGAGCCAGCUUCUAUAAGGUUAAAAAGUACCUUUUUAGUUUGUUUUGGUUCAGCUUGCACUUGAAGUUUAUUAGCAUAUUUCAGCCAAGUAACAGCAAAUGAAAAUAUCAUCAGUAAAUUGAUCGAUUUUAAUGCACUUCCCUGAUAUGGAUAACUCAUAAAGAGGGCGGAAAAUUAACUACGGAGAACUCGCCUUUUCUUAUCCUUGGCUUAACAGACAUGGAGAAUAGUUGGCUAAAUCCUUAAAAACAUUAUUUAACAACAGCUGAUAUGGUGAUUUCUUUUGUUCUAGAAUCCAGGUAAAUACAUUUUAAAAAACCUUUUUAAAAAGGGGUCAAACAAGCUGCAACAGAAAAAGUUUUGGAAAAUUGGAUACAAAGCCCCUAAUGCAUCAUUUAGGUCCUCUUUUUAUGUCCACCUCCGAGCUGUGCCACUUUUCUACCAGUGUUAAUCCAACUUUAGUCCCGGAUAAUCCUACCACUGCUAAUAUACAAAUACUUGUUCACUGUCCUUUCUUUCUUGAUGUCUGUAGCUGGUAUAUGCAUGCACACACACAUACACAAACACAUCUAAAUCUGAUGCUGAAAAUAUUUCUCUGUCUGUUUUGUACCAAACAUACGUCUGCCCUUGUUAAAGUUUUUGCCUGUCAGCUCUUUCCCUUACCCAAAGAUACAGUAAACAUUGAGUCACAAAUCAUUGCAAACACGGUUUAUUGUCAAUCAAAAAUGACAAACUUUACAUGCCAUAAAAAAAGUUCACAAAAUAAAUCAAACUCUACACACUU